AUGAAGUGAAUAACAAAGAUGAAGCGAAUGGCGGAACAUGUAGAAAUGAAAAAGAUGAAGCAAACGAUAGCGAAUUUAGGCAAGACUCAUUUAAUGGUGACCUCCGAGAUGUUAAAUUUGCGUGGAACAAGCUUUGCUUUGGACCGACCUUUGAGAAGCUCAAACUUGCAGUUUUCUCUAAGACAUGGCCAAUUGGUGCAGGCCCUGGGGGUAUGGAACGCCAUGCUUCCACUAUAUACCAUGCUCUUGCUGCUAGGGAUCAUGAGAUUCAUGUGUUUACUGUUCCAUCAGAUAGGAAGCCUCACCUUGAUAUCCAUGAACGUAAUCUUCAUGUGUACUUUGCUGCCAAUGAUCAUGGUUCAGUCAAUUGCUCUCUCGCAUUUGAGAUAUUCAAUAAGAUAAAUGCAAAUGGGGAAUUUGAUUAUGUGCAUCCUGAGAGUGUUUCCUUGCCACAUUGGAGGGCUAAAAUGGUGCCUAAUGUGGCAGUAACAUGGCAUGGGAUUUGGUACGAAAUUAUGCACUCAAAUAAUUUGAAGAGCUAUUUGCAAAUCAAGAUGGGGCUUUGCCAGGCCCUAGCCCCUAUGACAGAGCUUCAAGAAGCAAUGCCACGGCUUAUUGAAGAGAUCAGAUUCUUCUCAUUCGACAAACAACAUAUAUGUAUAAGCAAUAGUGCCGGUGAGGCAUUAGUUAACGUCUACCAGCUCCCCAAGAGAAAUGUUCAUGUCAUACUAAAUGGGGUGGACCACACAAAAUUUGUGCACGAUCCAGAAGCUGGUGCAAGGUUUAGAAGACGAUACGGUUUACCUGACAAUGGAAGCCUUGCUUGUGGCAGGAUCAGGCCCUUGGGAAAAAAGCCAGUUUUGACCCUCAAUUAUCCGAGCAUAGUUGGGACAGCGGUUGUGAAGGAAGAAUUCGGGUACACAUUUUCGCCGAAUGUGAAAUCCUUUGUUGACGCCUUGGAGUUGACAAUAAGAGAUGGACCUAAAGUAAUGCAGAAGAGAGGCAUGGCCUGCAAGGAGUAUGCUCUCACUAUGUAUACUGCAACUAAAAUGGCCUCAAGCUAUGAGAGGCCAUUUUCCAGAGAUUGUUAA